CACAAACGUACUAGUAAGAGUAGGUACAAGGAACAAAGUGCCGCAACGGCUACAUGAGCCAGUCCAUGGAGUGCAAUCAACUGAUGUAUUUUGGUUGUCCUUGACACUGAAGAAGAUCGGUUAACUGAUCGACAUUCAGGGACCCGACUGCCGGAUGAGUUCAGUGACAUUUCACUGACCCAACAAACUUUUGAGCGUACCAUUACGUUAGCUAUUGAAGCCUGGUCGUAUUAUUAAAAUCAAAUUUUUCAGGGUAUAUGUUUACCUAACAAAUGAUAUUUCCCAUAACUUUUCUGUAUUUAUUUGAUCUGUCGCAUUUUGGUGAACGGAGUAUCUGAAGUGUAAAACAGACAAUGCAACGUAAGGCGCUAAAAUACGGUUGUAUAUUUUUGUCAGUGAAUGUUGAUUUCUGUUCAACAGAUGAUGAAAAAGUUUGGUGAAAAUUCAAUUAGAAACGAAGGAUGGCAUAUCCAGGUUUCUGGUCGUUUCUGUUUUCUUUGUUAGACAUGUCGAUUCAAAAUACUAAAUUUACUGUGCAACGUGAUCCUUCCACUACUACAGUUUCUUCGGAAAUCACUAAUCUUAGUCAAAAACCGCGUAACAGAUAUGAGAUUCUCCUUUCAACUGAAUGUAUCGCCAUACAGUCCAUAAUAAACAUCACGGUGGAAGAUGAGGAAAAUAACAUAAGUUCAACUAUGUAUCUCAAUAGAACCUUGCAAAAUAAGAUCAUUGUGAAUGGCACAUGUGAACAGAAAAGACAGGAUUUGACAGUUUCAUGGUCGCCAAAUGUCGAUUUCUUAGACUGGAAACUUAUAUUUGUGUUUGGAGAGGAUUCUGAAAGAUAUGACCUGGAAAGCAUAGGUAUUACUUAUACAACUGAUAAAGGCAAUGAAAUUGAUGCUAAUACAGAUAGAGGUUUGUUCACUAUUCCUGUCGGUGGAUACUAUGAAUGUGCCAACCAUUUACAUAGAGAACUAUUCGUGGAAGAUAAUGAUGAUAUAAAAAUCAAUAUUUAUUUUUUAAACUCAUCAAUGGAAGCAUUCAGACUUGAAAAUCGUUCAGAAUUUAUGGGUCUUGCUAUAGACUGUCCAUUGAGUAUCAUAUGGUUAAAGAAGGUUCCAACAAUUGUAUGCAUCACUCUACUUCUAAUAGGUCUUGCUAUUCUUUCAAUAUAUUUGUGCAAUCGUCUUAGCAAACGAUCAGCAUAUGAGACAAUUAGAUAAUUAUAUAUAUCUUAUAAUAUAUUUCAAUAAAAUGCUUUUACACAAAUCAUAAAUAGUUCUAGUUUGAGAUUUGUUUAUUAUUUUCUGUAUCUCGUUCUUGAUAUUUUUGUAUAAUCAAGUAUAAUUAAUUAUCAUCUUUUCCUUACAUUUAUGAAAUAGAUUAUUUCUUUAUUACUUUAUGAAAAAAAUAGCAUAUAUAUUAUUACGCUUGUUGUGUAAUAAAGCCAGGAAAAUAAACUAUGUACCUAUACACCGAUGAUAAAAAAUUUGGGAACUUAUCUAUAUUUUGUUUUUCUUUAUGAUAAUGCCUAUUGUUCGUAGUGUAAAAUCUUACUUGUAAUGAUAUUUUUAAUAAAAGAAAGAUUAUUACAAAUGAUGCCAAUAUUAUUAUUGGUACUAAUUUUGUUUUUUUUGUUAUUUUUCUCAUUAGUAGAUAAUUUAUUGUAAGCUAUUAUUCAAUUUUCUAAACAUUCUUUUUCCUUACUGUUGCUUCUAUAACAUGCAAAUAUAUGACCAUUUAUUUAUUAAUUAUUUAUUUAAACACACGAACAUUGGUACAGGAAGGCACCAAAUAUAUAUAUGCCAAACUUCGUCA